GAGCAACAAAUCGUGCAGCAGACGAGCGCCGACAGGGAGCAACAGAUCAAGCAGGAGAUCGACGCGCAGGACAGCAUGGAUCGUACCACGGUGCAAACGUUGCCGAUCGGUGGCGCCGGUUCCGAGGUGACCGACUUCGCCGAGACCUUGGAUCUCAGUCAGGAGGAUAUCCAGCGAACGUUAUCCGCGAACAUGGUGCCGCCGUCGCCGUCCCCUUCCCCGGCGGACAACAGCAUGAUCAAUCCGAUGGACUUCAUCGACUCGUCCGACGACGUUCUGGUCAAUCUGGACGCGUUCGACGUGUUCGGCGACCUGCCGGAGCUGCACGAUUUCGAGGCCGAGCAGACCAAAGCCGAGGAGAGGGGUGGGUCCGAUAACGACGUGGGAUGUCAUCCGGGUACAACCGUCCAUAUUGCAGAGUACAGUCCGGAAUGGAGUUACACCGAGGGUGGUGUGAAGGUACUGGUCGCUGGCCCGUGGACCGGCGGAAGUAAUUCUCAAUCGUACUCGGUACUGUUCGACGCCGAGCCGGUUGAAGCCUGCCUGGUGCAGCCAGGCGUGCUGCGUUGCCGUUGCCCCGCUCACGCUCCUGGGAUAGCGUCCCUUCAGGUAGCUUGCGACGGUUUCGUUGUCUCCGACAGCGUCGCCUUUGAAUACCGGAGAGCGCCUACGACCGAGCCGAGCCCGGAGAGAGCUCUGCUGGAUCGUUUGGCGGAUGUCGAGUCUCGUCUGCAAGGACCCGGCCCACCAUCCCCCGCAGUUCACCUGGAAGAGCGACUUGUCGCGUAUUGUCAGGAUGCUGUUGUCCGUCCGUGGCGAGCCGGAGCGGAACCGUUACAAUCCGGUGGCCCUACACUGUUGCAUUUGGCCGCCGGGUUGGGCUACUCCAGGUUAGCCUGCGCGCUCCUCCAUUGGAGAGCGGAAAAUCCUAGUAGCGUAUUAGAUGCCGAAGUCGAUGCCCUGAGGCAGGAUAGCGCCGGUCUCACGCCGCUUGCUUGGGCUUGCGCGGCGGGACACGCGGAUACUGCCAGGAUACUUUAUAGAUGGAACGCGAUGGCGCUCCGCGUGCGGGAUUGCCAGAACAGAACAGCGACCGAGCUGGCUGCGGAGAACGGUCACACGGCGAUCGCGGAAGAAUUGAACCGUCUCGAAGCGAGGAGGCAAGACGAGAGGCUAUUCUUGCGGCCCGCCAGCCCUAGUCCUAGGAGGCCAUCUCAAGACAGCGGUCUCGAUCUGGCGUUGUGUGGCUCGCCGCUGUUGGACAACAUGGAAUUGUUGCAAGAGGAUGACUCGUCAUUAGCCCUCAGCGAGCAGGGAAUGGAGAGCGCUCCGACCCCUCAGGAGACUGUAGGGGAGGAAGACGCGAGGGUGCUGACAUUGGCUGAGCAAAUUAUAGCUGCCCUGCCGGAGAGGAUCAAGAGAGCGGAAGGUGAUUCCCCGUCUUCUUCCUCGCCGCCUCCCCCGGCACCGCCAUUGUCGCCACUGGAGGACGCUCUGAUGGAUCAAAUGCCGCUCGAUUCCGGGGAGUUGUUCGACUCGUACCGCGAGUGCAGCGGAGGCGCAGCAUCGGUGUCGGACGCCGACGCGGACGCGAGUCCGUCGAGUCCGUCGAGCAGCUGCCUGACGCCGGACUCGCCGUCCCCGCCGCCCACCACCGCCGACUUUUGCGAGUUCUUGCAGCUGCAGUUGCAACUGGACGGCGGCAACGGUCGUAACGGGCAAUACUACGCGACCGGCGAAGGGCGGAAGUUCGGUAACGUGAUCGGCUCCGGGAUUUGCGGGGCUGUGACGGGUGGCGGUAACGGGGCCGGGACCGGGACCGGGGACGGGAGCGAGGCGGACUUGAGCAGGCUCACCUUGUCCGACUGCGAGCAAAGGGAGCUCUACCAUGCGGCGCGUAUGAUCCAGAAAGCCUACAGAAACUACAAGGGCCGCCAGAGGCAGGAGGAGGCCGAGAGACACGCCGCCGUACUCAUCCAGCAAUAUUAUCGUCGACAUAAACAGUACGCUUAUUAUAGACAAGCCACGAAGGCCGCGCUGGUGAUACAAAGCAACUACCGGAAUUAUCGGUCGCGCCCCGGGUCCGCGAGCUCCCGGCAGCAGGCGGUCCAUCAGCAGGCCGCGCAUCAGGCGGCGAGGAAGAUCCAGCAGUUCAUGCGACAGUCGAAAAUCAAGCUGCAGAACGCCAGGGCCGCCGCAAACGGGAACGGGAGGCAGCCAGCGGCCAUUUUACGGGGGGUUGCUGUCCCCCAAAGCUCGCCCUCAUCUAGCCCAGGGGCCAGCCUAGUAGCCGCCAGCCCAGAGGUCACUUAAUCGACCGUCGCUCGACAAGCACGCGGAACGCCGAUCACGUUUCGGACGCGAAACAAUAGAGCCUAGGCCAUCCUGCAUUGAGAAAGCUCGCCAGUGGGGGACGGCUCUGGAGGAACGAUUCGUUCGACGUAUCGGCGAGCAUCGUGGGGGCGGCCAGCACACACCCCCCGACCCGAGGAUCGUUUUCGGAUCGACCACGAGCAGCGCGCGGACACACGGUUUUCGCUCUCUACGACACACCCCCUUUCUUUCCUCCCUUUCUUUUCCGGCCACCCGAUCGAAACACGCGUACCCUUUUCGCCCAAGCACGUCGACCCCUCGAUGGUCGCGUCUAGUCCUUCGACGCAUCCUAUCUUUUUAUCUUUCGCUUCGACGCCCGCCGUCUUCUAACCUAUAUUCUGUAUUUAUUCUCCACUCUCCGCAUCUCUCUUCGACGGUCGACGUUUCAGCGGCGCAACAAAGGUAGGUGGUCCUGUCCCACGAAAAUUCCGGCGCGCCGCGUUAACACUUCGAGGGCCGCGUUGCGAAAGGAGAAUGCGUUUGGUGGAUGCUCCGCGAGGUAGGUCGGCCACUCGAAGUGUUACGGGUCGCGUGUGUCCCGCAGACACGAUCGAGAUGCCACGUGGAACGGUAUCGUUGCUCCUCGUUUGGGGCGCUGACUAUCAUCGAUCACACUUUACGACUGAGAGUACAAAAAGAGGCUACGUUCUCGCUGAAACCUUUCUCAGCGAACGACCGUUUCCCGUUCCGCGUCGAUUCGCCAGUCAGCUUCCUGAACUCGUUUCAAUCCGCGUGAGCCCGACUCCUCGAAAUCCAUUUUCUUCGCCGGUUCGCGUGUCGGUGAGUCGUUCGCGCGGGUAUCCUGCUUUCGUUUUGGUUCUUUCUUUUUUCUACUUCCGCGCGACGCGUACGAGACAGUAUUUCGCCAACUGUGCUAUUUCUUUUCUUAUUUUACCUCACGAAACUCUUGGAGUUUUCUUUAGAUUUCUCUACCAAAUUUCUAGAUUAUUCGGAUAACUACGAUGAAACAGUAUUGAAGCGAUCAUUGAAACGUAUAAAGUAUUCUUCGAAUUUCUAUAGGAAAACUAACAAUCGGGAGAUUAAAGACGGUAAUCGACAAAGACAUUCGCUAUAAUUUUAAGUAGUUUACCCUUGGACGUUUCUAUCUGUUCGCAUUUGGAAAGCGACGACGGUCCGGGCCCGCGGUACUCGUUCGUCACGCGAACCGAGAUCGCGAGAACCGCUUCGACACUGCGAUAUUCUCAUCGGGCGGCGGCGAACGAUCUCUUCUUCCGUGGCACGAUAGUUUCUCCUUCGUCGCUCGUGACGAGGAAGGCAAUAUACACGAUUCAGGUCGAUGGAUGUGGAUCAGCUUAUUUCCGAUCAAGUUCUGCUAUAUCUGGUAUAUCUGGUACAUCUGGGAUUUCGGAUGAACAAACGAGAGCCCGAGUGAAUGGACGAGAGAAAGAGAUGAUCGGUAGAGUGUGCGAGUGUGAGCGCGUGAGAAAAUA